CUGGCCAUGGGCGCUGAGGCGGGCGGCCCGCGGGGCACCGCGCCGGGCCAGCAGCUCCGCGCCCUCUUCUACGCGCUGGCACCCGGAGAGAGCUCCUUCCGCACGGUGGAGGAGGUGCCCGACUACGUAGAGAAGAGUAUUCCAUUCUUCAUUACUUUUAUUGGGCUGGAGUUUGCUGUCAGCUGGAUUCAGAAGCGUAAGCUGCCAGGUCGGAUCAAUGAUGGGAUAAGUUCUCUUUCCUUGGGUAUCCUGUCCCGACUACCAGAUGUUUUAUUCAGAAGUAUUGAGUUAAUUAGUUACAUACACGUAUGGAAUAACUACAGACUCUUUGAACUGCCUUGGGACUCUCCAUGGACAUGGUAUUUGACACUUCUGGGUGUGGACUUUGCAUACUACUUCUUUCAUCGCAUGAGCCAUGAGGUUAAUAUACUGUGGGCUGCGCACCAAGUACACCAUAGUUCAGAAGAUUACAACUUAUUCACAGCCUUGAGACAAUCUGUACUGCAGAAAUACACCUCCUGGAUGUUCAACUUGCCCAUGGCACUUUUCAUUCCCCCUUCGGUGUUUGCUGUUCAUUUACAGUUUAAUCUGCUUUACCAGUUUUGGAUACAUACAGAGGUUAUCACCAAACUUGGGCCUCUGGAAUGGAUACUUAAUACUCCCAGUCAUCACAGAGUUCAUCAUGGUAGAAAUCCUUACUGCAUUGACAAAAAUUAUGGUGGCACUCUUAUUAUCUGGGACAGGAUAUUUGGAACAUUUGAGGCCGAAGAUGCAAAAGUUGUAUAUGGCUUAACACAUCCAGUAAAUUCAUUUGAUCCCAUCAUGCUCCAGUUACGUCCCUUGGCUCAUAUUUGGAACACGUUUUGGGCCACACCUGGAUUCUGCAAUAAGCUUUCUGUCAUAUUCAAAGGGCCAGGCUGGGGACCAGGCAAACCUAGACUUGGCCUUCCUGAGGAAAUCCCAGUGAUCACUGGAAAAGAAGUUCCCUUCAAUCCAUGGGUACCAGCUUAUCUUAAUUGCUAUGCACUUGUACAUUUUGCUGUAAUAGUGGACUUGUACAUCGAACUUCUUGCUUCUAUGACUAUGUUAUCACAGGGAACAGUUCUCUUGAGAAUUGGCUUUAUCAUUCUGUCCCUGGCAUCUUUUGGACUACUUAUGGAGAACAAGUCCAAAGCAGGAAUUUUGGAAAUCAUCCGCUGUUUAGUCUUCAUAGUUGUUUACAAACAUGGCCACUUUAGGAGUCAUUUUCCCUUCUUGGGCUAUGCAUAUGAGCUGCGUGUCACCAAUGGUCACCAUGGUGGUUUGCCAGCACUCUUACCUGCCUGGGCUUGGCUUGCACAGAUGGAACUGACCAAACAAGGGACAAAAUGGCAGAAUGAAAACUUGUGUGAAGAUGUUUGGUCUUGUUUUCCCUCUGUGCUGCAUUCUGGGGAAUCCAAAUUAUGAAGCGGAUCACUUCAUUCAAAGAUAAACACCACUGAAAGAGCAGAUCUAACAUCACCUUAAAUGUGGAAACAGCACUUCAGAAUAACCUUCUAAGUUCUUUGGAAUUAAUCAACCAUGAAUCAUGCUGUAUUGCAAUCAGUUCACUUACAAUACGAGAGAUUUGUGAUUUUUGUAUGAAGGUUUGAAAGAUUCCUAAGGGAGUAUAUUCAUUUUAUUUGAUUUUUUAGAGAAAUAUUUAACUUCUUCCCAAUCUAAAUAAAAUGUUCAUUCACAGCAUAGAUUUUUACAUUCAUAGUUUUACAAAUUCUUCAAAACCAUGUAAAACUAAUUUAAUUUUUGCAGUGAUUUUGUUAGUAAUAAUAUGUGAAAAAUAUUUUUCACAAGAGGAAUAAUUAAAAUCAUAUCUGAUGUAACCUGG